UCCCGAAAACGCACGAUAGUAUUGUAUGAGUAUAGCAGCAUAUUCUCCUCUCUCUGCAUUACAUUUCAUUUCACAGAAAAAAAAAUCUGUUGCUUCUUUCUUUCUCUCUUCAAAUCCUUCAUUCCCAUUUUCUCUCUCUCUUAAAUGUUGAAUUCAUAAUCUGCAUUUUUUUCCAACCGAAUUCAAAAUCUCUCUUCAAUGGAGUGUUCUUCCGAAGAUUCUUCAGAUAAUAACACUCAAGGACCAGACUCAAAUAACAAGGACCAACGAGUCUAUUUCGUUCCUAAAAGGUGGUGGAAGGAUGCUCAAGAUGCAAUGCCUGUUGAUUUGGAUAAGAAGAAGGGAAUUGUGUAUGCAUCUUCGCCGGGUUCAUCGUAUGGUCCGAUGAAGAUCAUUAAUAAUAUAUUCAAUUCAGAUCUUGUGUUUAAUCUUCAGAGGGAGGAAGAAUCACGGCAUGUUCUGGAGAAUGGUGAAGUGGGUGUAUCUGGACGGGAUUUUGCUUUGGUAUCCGGGGAUAUGUGGUUGCAGGCACUCAAGUGGCAUAGUGAUUCAAAAAAUGCAAUGAAAGAUGACAAAGGCUUUUCAACAACCGACAGUGAUAUUGGAGAUGUAUACCCAUUACAGCUCAGGCUUUCUGUUCAGAGGGAAACAAAGUCCUUUGAAGUGAGAAUAAGCAAAAAGGACAAUACAAUUGAGCUUUAUAAAAGAGCCUGCAAAAUGUUCAGCGUGGAUUCAGAGAUGUUACGCAUUUGGGACUUUUCAGGUCAUAUAACCUUGCUUUUUAAUGAUGACGAAAAUCAUGUGCCCAAAGACGGUCAAAGGCAAUCUGAUCAGGAGACUCUUCUGGAGUUGCAAGUUUACGGGUUGUCAGACUCAAUGAAAGGUAGGGAAGGGAAUUUUUCUGGCAGUGCUUCAAUGAAGAUGAACGGUGCGAGUUCUUUGAGCUUCUCUUUAGGCCAUGGUGAAGCUGGUUCCUUGGGAUUAACUGGAUUACAAAACCUAGGAAAUACAUGCUUCAUGAACAGUGCCCUUCAGUGCUUAACACAUACGCCAAAGCUUGUCGACUAUUUUCUGGAAGAUUAUGGCAGAGAAAUCAAUCCUGAUAACCCAUUGGGCAUGAAUGGUGAGAUAGCGUCCGCAUUUGGAGAUUUACUUAGGAAGUUAUGGGCUCCUGGUGCAAGUCCCGUGGCACCAAGGGUGUUCAAAUCAAAGCUUGCUAGAUUUGCUCCUCAGUUUAGUGGGUUUAAUCAGCAUGAUUCACAAGAGCUUCUUGCUUUUUUAUUGGAUGGACUUCAUGAAGAUUUGAAUCGUGUUAAAUGUAAGCCUUAUGUAGAAGCCAAGGACGGAGACGGUCGGCCAGAUGAAGAAGUUGCUGAUGAAUAUUGGCAUUAUCAUCUGGCUCGCAAUGAUUCAGUCAUUGUUGAUGUGUGUCAAGGCCAAUAUAAAUCCACAUUAGUUUGUCCUGUUUGUAGGAAGGUCUCUGUGACAUUUGAUCCAUUCAUGUACUUAUCAUUACCUCUACCUUCAACAACAAUGCGGACAAUGACUUUAACCGUUGUUAGUAACAAUAGUGAUGGAAUGUCUCAAUUAUCGCCACAUACAAUUACUGUUCCAAAACAUGGAAAAUUUGAAGAUCUUACACGUGCUCUUAGCAUUGCAUGCUCUUUGGGGCCUGAUGAGACCUUAUCAGUAGCUGAGGUAUACAACAACCGCAUCAUACGUUUCCUUGAAGAUCCAGCUGAUUCAUUAUCAUUGAUCAGAGAGGCUGACAAACUAGUUGCUUAUCGAUUUCCCAAAGAUAAUGCCCCUCUGGUCGUCCUUAUAAAUCAGCGGAUGGAGGAGCAAUACAUCUAUGGGAAAUUGGAUCCAAAGUGGAAGGCAUUUGGAAUUCCUAUUGUAGCUAGUCUUCGCAAUAUUGUAAAUGGAUCUGAUCUCCGCAAUUUGUAUCUAAAGUGGUUUCAUCCAUUACAAGAUUCGGUUGAAGAGGCCUUAGAAAAUUGUGUUGUGUCUGAGAGAACGGAAGAAGUUACCGAAAUUGAAGGGGUUACAGUUGCUGGGUCAGAUCCCAAUGUGAACGGGUUAGAUACGCCUUCAGAUGGAGAAAUGGAGUUUUACAUAACAGAUGAUAAGGGGACUGUCAAGAAUUCCAAAAUAUUAAUGAAUGACCCACUUGCAAUAAAUGGAGAGUUAAACCGACUGCAUGUGCUUGUAUGUUGGUCAGAAAAAGAGAUUAACAAAUAUGACACACAGCUUUGUAGUCCGUUGCCUGAGGUUUGCAAGUUUAGUUUUUCAGCAAAGAGACCCCAAGAAUCAGUUUCUCUGUAUAAGUGCCUUGAAGCAUUCUUGCAAGAAGAACCUCUUGGACCAGAAGACAUGUGGUAUUGUCCUGGCUGUAAAGAUCAUCGUCAAGCUAGUAAGAAGUUAGAUCUUUGGAGACUUCCUGAAAUUUUGGUUAUUCAUCUCAAGAGGUUUCAAUAUAGUCGAUUCAUGAAAAACAAGCUGGAGACAUAUGUUGACUUCCCUGUGGAUAAUCUUGAUCUGUCAGCUUAUAUUACCCAUGGGAAUCAGAAGUCUUAUCAUUACACACUUUAUGCUAUCAGUAACCAUUUUGGAAGCAUGGGGGGUGGUCAUUAUACUGCAUUUGUACAUCAUGGCGGUGAUCAAUGGUAUGACUUUGAUGAUAGCCGUGUUUAUCCCAUCAGCAAGGAGAAGAUAAAGUCUUCAGCUGCCUAUGUUCUUUUCUACAGAAGAGUUUUUGAAGAUUAACUUAACGAGGGAGUAGCAUAUAGUUCAAACAGCCAAUUGAAGCUAGAUACCAUUUAUUGACAUUGUUCCCAUCAUAGGUUUACAAGUGUACAGAGGGCAAACCCUGGUGCGAAGAUAAGAUUCCUUCCCUGUGACCUGGUCAUCAGAGGAUCUAGUUACAGAAAUAGUUUUUGCUCAUGCAGUUAAGAUCAUGUACAUGCAUCCGUCUUCAAACCUACAAUGGUGAGUGCACAGCGCACUGGAUUGCCCCCAUUUUUGAGUCUCCUUACAAGUAUACUUGACAAGUUAGCAUUCUUUUGUCAUUUAAAGUUUAGACUAGUUGGAGUUUCACCAGGGAAAUGGUAGUUUUAAAUCUUAGGACAGUAUACUAACAUAGUAAAAACUGAGGUGAGGGACAUACCUGUUGGGUUGAAGCAUAUUGUUUACAAAUGUUUCACCAUGUAAAGAGAAUUUCUGUUUUGAAGAGUUGGACCAGAUCCUGUCCAUUUAUAUUUCUUCAGUUAUAUUCUUUUUCCCAUUAUGUUCUUUAGCUUCUGUUAAACAAUUUUGAAUUCAUUGAUAGUUGGUUAAAA